UACACAAAAAUGGUUAAUAGUUAAGCACUUUCCUAGGUGCAUCCAUCUUUUUGGUAGAGGAAAGCCACUUGGGCAGUGUCUGUGUGAACCAUCCACAAUGAUUUCUCCAGUGCUCCUCUUGUUCUCGAGUCUUCUCUGCCAUGUGGCGACUGCAGGACGGACCUGCCCCAAGCCAGAACAGCUACCGUUUGCCACAGUUACUCCCUUAAAAUUGGCCUAUGAUCCAGGGGAGCAGAUAGUGUACUCCUGCCAGCCAGGCUAUGUGUCCCGGGGAGGGAUGAGGCGUUUCACCUGCCCUCUCUCCGGAAUAUGGCCCAUCAACACGCUGAAAUGUACACCCAGAGUGUGUCCUUUUGCUGGAAUCUUACCAAAUGGAGCUGUACGCUAUUCAACCUUUGAAUAUCCCAACACGAUCAGUUUUGCUUGUAACACUGGUUUUUAUCUGAAUGGAACCAAAUCUGCUCAAUGCACUGAGGAAGGAAAAUGGAGCCCAGAUCUUCCUGUCUGUGCCCCUGUAAACUGCCCUCCACCACCCACACCUAAAUUUGCAGUACUUAGUAUUUCUAAGUCAUUGGCCACAAACAGCUCCUUCUCUAGAGACAGCGCCCUCUAUGGGUACAAGGCAGUCUUUAAGUGCUUGCCACACUACGCCAUGUUUGGAAAUGAAAGCAUUACCUGCACAGAACAUGGCAACUGGACUGAGUUACCAGAAUGCAGGGAAGUAAAAUGUCCAUUCCCAUCAAGACCAAACAAUGGAUUUGUGAACUAUCCUGCAAAAGAAGCACUUUAUUACCAGGAUAAAGCCACAUAUGGUUGCCAUGAGAAAUAUGUCUUGGAUGGCCCACAAGAAGUAGAAUGUACCAAAUUUGGGAACUGGUCUGCACAGCCAAGUUGUAAAGCAUCUUGUAGUGUAUCUGUUAAAAAAGCAACUGUGAUAUUUGAAGGGGAGAGAGUAAAGAUCCAAGAAAAAUUUAAGAAUGGAAUGCUGCAUGGUCAAAAAGUUUCUUUCUUCUGCAAAGACAAGGAAAAGAAGUGCAGCUAUACAGAGGAUGCUGAGUGCAUAGACGGCACCUUAGAAAUCCCCAAAUGCUUCAAGGAGCACAGUUCUCUGGCUUUCUGGAAGACUGAUGCAUCAGAUGUGAAGCCGUGCUGAACUGGUUUUCAGAUUCAAAAUUGCAUGUCAUAUCUGUGUUUGUCCAAGAAACCUAAUGGAAGUAGAAGCAAAUAAAUGACUGGAUUUAUGGCCUGA